AUGUCUUACUUGAUUUACAGCAGCACAGGAUACUACAACAACGGGAAUACUGAUUGGAUUAGCAACUUACUGCAAAAGGAACACAAACAGUUAAAGUAUUUUGGGCUUGCCGCAUUUACAGCGUUAUCCAUAUACAUUUUAACACCAAGCUUGUUCGGAAAUAGGGAAAGCAGCAAAAUGUUUUCCAGUUCAAAGAGAAGUGACAAGUUCACGACAGGCCUCAUCAAUAAUCGCAAUGAUUGCUUUGCAAACUCGUCAGUGCAAGCGCUUUCGGCACUCCCCAAACUAACCACGUACAUGAACGACUUGCUAAAACAAGUUUUGUUUUUAAGAUCUUUGCUCGAUCGCAGUGACGGUGGCAACACAGAUGCGAAGGACGGCGACGGCUCUGACGCAGUAGCAGCCUUAUCGCUCAAGACGCCGCAUCUGGAAAAGCCAAACCCGUUCGAAAGUUCGCUGGCACCGGAAGACUCAAGGCCCAAUUUGCAUGCGCAUCGUCCGCACGGCGAUUUGCAAUCUUUCUCCUCGACGGCAACCAUCACCACAAUGUCCACACUCGAGGAGGCACGCCACGGCCAGGGCCAUGGAACUACGACAGGGGACACGUCUGCGGCUCAAAGCACUUGCGAAAGCUCCGUUUCUAAAGAGAAUGGAAUAUCCACAGCAUCGAGCGAACAGAUCCCCGAGGUACCCUUGCAUGAGGGUUUGGCACAAGUUAUUUACCAGCUUCAGCAAGUCAUCACUACAAGCAAGUACAUUUCGGUGUGGCCUUUUUUGCAUGUUCUGGAAGUGAUCUUUGACGCCAAAAUCUCAGCGGGACAGAAUGACGCUCACGAGCUGACGCAGGUAAUUUUAGAAACUCUAGAGCAGGAGAACAUGAAAGUCAAGAAGUUCGUGAAGGAACAGAAUUUAAAUGUCAUAAUUCCAGACUUUCCCGUCAAAGGAUCCCUAGCGGACCAUUUGAUUUGCUUGAGUUGCCAAGGUUCUUCGAAAGUUAACGUGCAUCCAUUCACAAUGUAUCCAUUACCAGUACCACAAGAGGUGUCGGCGAACCUGUCGGCUAUGAUAGCUGACAAUCAAACUGAAACUAUUGAAGGGUACGCAUGCCUAUCCUGUAAGAUCAAGGCAAUUUUGGCAAAUGAGGAGCAACGGGAUAACGCAGCUGACUCCAAGGAGGAAACUAUGAUAUUAAAGACUCUGUCCGACGUUGUGUCGGAUAUAUUCAUAAACGAAGAUCUAUCUGAAGAUCUGAUGAACUACAUCAACAACUACAAGAAAGAUGGUUGUGACGCUAGUAGCAUAAAGUCUCGCAUAAUCAAGAAGACUGUGGUGACGGAAUCACCAGAUAUACUCAUUUUGCAUUUGUCGCGGUCAGUCUUUAAUGGCACGACAUACACGAGAAACGCAUGCUACGUCAAUUUUGAAGAUGAAUUGCAUACUCAAGAACAAGACAUUCAAAACAACAGAUGUGUCGGCGUAAAACCUGUCAAAUACAAACUGAAGGCUAUGGUCAAACACCAAGGCACGCAUUCCCAAGGUCACUAUGAAUGUUACAGACGCAAGCCAGACCUCAUCAAAGACGCUUUGUCAGGCCAGGUUGUCAACAGAUCCCCAACGAUUGAUUUCGGCCUCGCCUCAAACCGGAAUGCCGCCAUCGCCUGGAACCAGACAGCUAAUAUGCCUGGUUCAGAUCUGUCCUCGGUGUCAUCUCAGGAGUCCGAGAACUCACCUACCGUCCCGUUCAGAACUGUUUUCCCAGAAUCUACCCAGGGCAUGCCUUUGGCAGCACCUGUUGUCGACGACGAUGACUACAUUGUAGGGCAGGCAGAAUCUGGGUCUUCAACUGGUCCAAGUAGGAAACCAUCUACGCUGCAAAAGCUCACAGGAUUUCUUUCAAGACGCUCCUCUGUUGCCUCUACAGCUUCUGAUGGAAACAAAGGCGAUUCUGUGGCCGCGUCGGAUGCGGGCCCGACUCCUAGACGCAGUAGAGUGAACAGUGUUGCCUCUCUGGAAUCCUCAGCAUGGGGCUCUUCAUCUGGUGCAGAUAUGACCGAGACCAGUGCUAGCGAAUGCGAUGAGCCAGCGUCUGCUAUCAAGAGAAAGCUAAAGAAAAUUAAGAGUGUCAUCAACUAUCCCUUCUGGAAACUCUCUGAUGCCGCUGUCCGCGAAGCAAAAACCGACGAGGUUUUGAAUGAUACCAAAUAUGUUUACAUUCUUUAUUAUGACCGCGUCGAUGAGGUUGAGAAAGCGUAG